AUGUUCCAAUCCGUUCAAUUACCAGCCAAGGCGAACCUUUUAUCUCCAAAAUCAGGCAACGGUCACUUCAAACCCCUUCCCGAUGAGAAGACUUCCAAUAUCGAAGCAACCAAGUCAAAAGGUCGUCACUGGAAGGAUAUCUUGCGUGAUAUGAGAUCCUUCCUCGCAAUCGAGGAAAACUACGGCUCCACGUACGCGUACGACGUCAGGCCUAGCUCUAUAGCUCCCGGUCGUUGCCACUAG